CUCCCAAAGUCUUUCUCCUUUUCGAUAUAUCUUUUUGAACUUUAAUUUCGUCAUCGACAUCAGUGUAUGGCAUGGAUACUAACUCUUCAUUCUGUCUUCGAGGUUCAUCAUUAUUUAAUCUAUCGAAUGCAUCCGAGGAAGUCAGGUGUACGGGGGAAUAAGGGCACAUAUGUUUGGCAAUUGGCAUCCCUCUUUCCCAAAUUCUAAAGCCCUCUGCAAAUGGCCCCUCGUGGGCUCCCGUCCUUCUUCAAGAUCUUGCUUGACCGUUCUGCCCCUCACCUGGAAUUGCCACCUGGUUUUGUCCACAAGCACUUGGAGAAGAAGAUCCCUGAGAACCCAACACUCCUAUCAAGAAAUGGAGGGUAUGAAUGGAGAUUAAAAAUAAAAAAAGAAGGUGAAAUUUACUGCUUUGCCGAUGGAUGGAGUGACGUUGUUGAAGAUAGCGACUUGGGAUUUGGGGAUUUUCUUGUGUUUUGGCUCGUUGAUGAAUCCACUUUCAAACUUUCAAUUUUCAGUCCAAAUGGGUGCGAAAAAAAUUUCCCCUUAAAAAUCCAGGAUGAACAUGAUAACAUUGAUGAAGAAGAAGCAAAGAAAGAGGAAGGAGAAACUGACGAUAAUUAUGAGGAAGCAGAGAAAGAGGAAGAAUCUGAUGAAGAAGAAGAAGAUGAUGAAAAUUAUGAUGAUGAUGGUGGCAAUGGAGUAGAAUAUGUGGAAGAUGAGGAUGACGAUGACGAUGGUGGUGAUAUUGAUGGGGAUGACGGGAAUCCUUUCUUUAUGAAGAUUAUAUCUAAAGACAAAUAUACUUUGCGGAUUCCGUUGGAAUUUUCACGGUUGACCGGAUUAAAAGCAAGAAAAAGCAUAAAGAUGAAGAAUCUUAACGGGAAGGAGUGGCCGAUGAAGUUGCUUUCAGAGGGCCGUAACUAUACAAGAUACUAUUUGUCAGCGGGGUGGAGUGAAUUUCGGCGAGCUAAUGAGUUAUGUGAAGGAGAUAAAUGUGUAUUUAAGUUUCUCAGAAGCGAAGAUAAGUUCUGUCUAUCAAAAGUUACAAAGAAAACUGAAGUUUUGGAGAGGAGGCCAAGAAGGCAGCCGCCACGUCUGGUGGUGGAGCAGCCAGCUGGAAAAGUUCCGGUGGCUCAAGUUUCAAUGAGAUCGAGAGUGCGGCCGUCACGUGUGGAGUUACGUGUGGAGGUGGUCCUAGGUUUAAAAGCAUGGUCAACAGACGAGAUGGAGACUAGACCACAUGGAAGACCAUUUAAGAAGUAACGACUCAAUGUUGAUAAGUAAUUUUGAAAAAAAAUAUACUUUAGACUGGACUAACUUUUAUGAUGUAAACAAGGUCAGGUUUAUGUAAAAUGGUAUUUUUUUAUGAGA